GUGUAUGGGAAUCGGCGGGGGGGACGGGGCAGCGCCCGGCCCCCCAGGAGCUGGGAGAGAGGGGGGAUGGCAGGAGGCCGGGGAUGCAGGACGAGGUCUGGCAGCCCGUGUUACCUCCCGGGGUGCUCCCGAAGACGUACAGCUUGGGGCCAGCUGGAGGAGGUGCAACCGGUCUCAAAGCAUUUUCCUUCCCUAAAUUUGCCCACGGAUGCUUUGAAACUGUUUUCAGUGACGGCAGCGGGUUGCUCCGCAGCCGAGAAGGUGUCCUCCUUGGGCAAGGACUGGCACAAGUUCUGCCUGAAGUGUGAGCGCUGCAACAAGACCCUGACCCCGGGCGGGCACGCUGAGCACGAUGGGAAGCCCUUCUGCCACAAGCCCUGCUAUGCCACGCUGUUUGGCCCCAAAGGGGUGAACAUUGGUGGUGCUGGGUCCUACAUCUAUGAGAAGCCGCAGAUCGAGGGGCAGACUGCCCCGGGACCCAUCGAGCACCCGGUGAAGGUGGAGGAGAGGAAGGUCAACGCGGCACCCCCCAAGGGACCCAGCAAAGCCUCCAGUGUCACCACCUUCACCGGGGAGCCCAACAUGUGCCCGCGCUGCGGCAAGAGAGUCUACUUUGCCGAGAAGGUGACUUCGCUGGGGAAGGACUGGCACCGUCCCUGCCUACGCUGCGAGCGCUGCAGCAAGACGCUGACCCCGGGGGGCCACGCCGAGCAUGACGGACAGCCAUACUGCCACAAGCCCUGCUACGGGAUCCUCUUCGGGCCCAAGGGCGUCAACACCGGAGCUGUGGGAAGCUACAUCUACGACAAAGACCCCGAGGCAAAGAACCAGCCCUAGACGGUGUCCCCCUGCCCGGCCGCCCGCUCUGUGCCCCCCCGUACUAACCUCCUGCUCACAGCCGGAGCAGACCCUCGCCAGGCUGGCCACGGACCUGUGCUCUCUCUGCUGUUUCUACUCCGGGCAGGACGGCCCUGCCCGCCUGGGUUAUAUAUCAUAGUCUCUAAUAUAAGCUUCAGUGUUUAAAAGCAAAGGUAGAAGGUGUCUCUGGUGGUUCCCAAUGCGCUCUGCCCUCCCCAGCCCUCCCACCAGCCCCCCCGAGUGUGAGAGGUGGCAGAGCGGGGAUGUCACUGCCUGCAGGGGACAGCCGGUGGCACCCAAAGGGCUGAAAGCAGGGGGACGGUGGUGGCAGGAGUCCCACCAUGGGAGGCAGGAGUCCCACCAUGGGAGGUUGCUCCCAACUGCCCUCUGCACCGCGGGCGAUGGAGCCGGGCAGGCAUCCCACGGCGCUUGGGGAUGGGAGCUGAUGGUCAGGGCACCCAGCCCUGUUCCUCACGAGCCGCUGGGGACAUGCGUGUCCCCUGAGGGCUCUGGCCCAUCUGGCAGCACCGCCCUUCUCCUUGCCCUUCCUGGGCUCCAUGACCUGGCUCUCGCUCUCCCCAGGGCCCACAUCCCACCCCAGCCACGCUUGGGGUUGCAGGGUCUGGCACCUCCCUGCAUCCCCAUCCUUGCACCCUGUACAUGCAGCCAGGCAGGUGCCCAACCCGCUCUGCUGGCUGGUUUGGGUCGGUGGUCCCCCCAGCCUGGUCCCCCACGGCAGCAGAGCCUGUGCCUGGUGGCACGCGGUGGCCGCAGCCCUGGGGGGAGGGGGGAGUGGGCUGCUCCCCACCUUCGGAGGGCAGAGCGCAUUGGGCUGGCGGCUCGGUGGUGGGACGCCUGCCUGCUUCCCAGAGCCGGAGGUUUCUCGUUGUUGUUGUUUAUUUAUAAGCAGUUGUAAAUGUGCCCCUCGCUUUGGAGAAUGACACGUCCCCGUCCCCCCCCCCCCAGUCUCACCCGUUCCCCCCCCCCGUGCACGCCCACCCCUGCUGCUGCCCAGGCGGCCAGGGAGGGGGCUGGUGCAGGGGUGUCCCUGGGGCACUGAGCCCUGGGGUGCCAGCACCCAGCUCUCUCCGGGCUCCCUGUGCCGCCGUGGGGCUGACUUUUGUUAUUUGCUGACAAUAAAGGUUUGGAGACAUG